GCCAUAUGCUUGUUUCGAUGUAUUAACAUCCGGUCACCAUCUCCUACAAUUUGCUCGAAGACUUUUCUGUUCUACUUCAUCAUGAGUGACGAGGAAGGCGGCCAUCUUUUUGAUAGGCAAGUCUGGAGGAGGAAGUCAUAUUGGGAAGUCCCGAUCAAAGAGUAUGCCCAUACCAUCGUUGAGAUGGAGGAAGUGAAUCGGGUCAUGACCAAGGGUUGCAAGUUAGACGCUUGCCUGGAUUGGUUCAUCUAUUGCCUGAAAGAGGCCAACAUAACCUAUGUCCGGCGUAUGGAUGCCCCCGCCACCUUCGUAACAACCGAGGGUUCCAGAUUGGAGGAAUUCAAAGAAGAACUGCGGGAAAACUUAAAUCGCUUGAUUCCUGGCUAUCUUGAUGAUGAAUCGGACAUUUUGCAGGUCAAGGAGUUGAUGAGCAGACUGGAGAGUCGAUGGCAUAAAGUCCGAGUCAGUAGUGAUACCAAGGAGCGAGAUGGAGCUUUCAAUGCGCUUUUGGAUACUCUAAUGGAGAAGCAUUGUCACCAGUCGAGUGAACAUGUGAGAACCUCUUUAACCCCUGAAUUGCAAGAAACACAAGACAGCUUUGUGGACUCCUGUCUUCAACUGAAGACGUUCAUUGAGGGGGAGCGAACUACGGCUUCCUAUGCAUGUGGGGGUAGCAUCCCUAUUGCCCAAACAGCUGCAUUACCUGAGAACCACCCGCGAGUAUCUGGUCCCAUCAACAUCUUCUGGUCGAUUGAAGAUGGCUCAGCGAGACGUUUGUCGCUACCUCUUAGAACAGACGCCGAAGAUGCGAGCCCCGAGGUGUUACAGCACCUGAUUGCCAGCUGUGGUCCAGCCAAUUUUGGUCGCGGAGAGCAGAACGUCAUGGAUCUAUCCUACCGAAAAGCCGGAAAACUCGACCCGGAAAACUUCGCCACAAGCUUCCACCCUGCUGACUUUGGAAUUAUCGAAGCUAUUGAGAAAGUGUUGCUUCCUGGAAUGCUCGGUAAGGCAACGAAUAAAUUAGGAUCGCGCAAGAUCUAUGCAGAGCUUUACAAGAUGAAUAUUUACUCGGGGCCAUCUGGGCUCUUCCGUAGCCACGUUGACACUCCCCGCUCUCAGACCCAAGUUGGUUCCUUGGUUGUUUGUCUCCCUGCUCGUUUCAGUGGUGGAAACCUCCUCGUAAGGCACCAGGGCAGGGAGGUGAACUUUGACUGGGCUGCAGGGAGCGAGACUAGCAUCCAGUGGGCUGCCUUCUACAGUGACUGUGAACAUGAGAUCAAAACCAUAACCGAGGGAGAUCGGAUCACGUUAACCUAUAAUCUGUACGUGUCAAACGGCGGAGAAAGCGUGCUUCAUUCGAUAAUCGAUCCCAAGUCCCUACCAUUGUACGGCUGGGUCAAGGACCGCCUCAUGAAACCAGGAUUUCUGGACGACGGUGGUGUUCUCGGCAUAUUCUGCUCACACGCCUACCCACAUACCUCCAAAGCCACCGUCCAUGAUCUCCCAAGAGGGCUUAAAGGAUCAGACGUGGUAUUAUAUUCUAUUUUCCAGUCCCUGGGAUUAGACGUGCAGGUUCUACCCGUCUUGGAAAGCCGCGGGAUGUAUAUCCCCGAAAAUCCCAAGUUAGGGCUCACAGGGCGCAUGGGAGGCAAACGCCGAUUUGGCUAUCUCGGUGAGUGGGACGACGAAGAACGCUUUUGCAAUGAUCUUCAGCCAUACUUGGCCAGGAAUAAGCGCCUUACCGUCAACUUUUCGGAAGUACUGCCAGAAAAGUCCAGCCGAGAGGACCUUGCUGAUAUCGACCGACGGUGGAAGCUCUUGAAGAUGACACGACAUUUGAAGAGUAUGGAUGAGGCAAUUUCUUUUGCUCGACGUGAAGGUCUCCCAUACAGAGAGGACAGCUGCUUUGCGGAAGGAGGAGCGCAGAUUGGACCAUGCCUGCGACCUUACGAGACGACGGAAUUCGGGAACGACAUGGAGAUGGACGAGGUAGUCCGCCAUGUGUGGCCCGCAUAUUAUCUCCCCGGGGUUACAUGGAUCACGGAGCCAAAGCACGAGGAGAUGGCGUUCAGUCACGUCACAUACGGAAAUGAAGCUGGGAUCGGAACCAGAUACUCGUGCGCUGCUAUUUUCGCGGUGAUACCCCCCUGGGAUCGAAGAGAUAAACUUCAUGGUGAUGCAUCCGAGGAUACAUAAUUAGGGCUAAGGUAGCCUACUUGGAAGGUUUAACUGGCGGGAAACAGUCUUUUAGAUGAAUGCUCGACGGAUUGACAAAGCCUUCAAUUUCCUUAACUUUUUUCAGUUUUCUUUGGCCUCAGUGUUAG